GUUUGUUGCGUUAAGUGACGCGUACAUAGUAACAUUUUGGUAAUAAUUAAAUGGUUCUUUUUCUUAUUAUUAUACUUUUAAUUUAUUUUUUUUCUUGUUUUUCUUAAUUUAUUGCAUUCACAAUAAAAUAAAAUAUAUAGUAUAUAGAAAAAGGUCAAAAGAAAAAUUCAAUUUCACUCGCUAUUAUGAAAAGUUGGUCGAUCUCGUUUUUCUCUGCGUAUAUAACCUUCUGCAGUUUGUGUUCAGGAUCUGGAACCACUGAGAAAUAUGAUAUCGGUGAUCUUCUCAGGAAGAAAAGGCAUUUGCUCUUUCCGAACCCCCGAGGCAGUGAGACUAAAGUUCAAGUACUUUUUGGUUUGGGUCUACCAAUGGAGGGCGAGGUAUCCAUGACUUUGGGUUACGUGUUGAAGUGCAACUACAAUCUGCCAUACAAUUCAUCCGGUUACAAACAGGAAGAAUUUCGAUACGAAAGGUCGGCAGAUAUAGCUUUAUCAGAGCCAAGAAACGUGAAAGCGUCUCAAGGAGGAUUAUCAAGAUGGAAUUUGUAUCGAAUAUUGGAGAAAGCAUUUGAAACUUUUGGAUCAGGAAAGGCAUGUCUGCUACGUAUGGUUUGUGAAGCUGCGGAAACACCUUUCAAAGAGGGCCACGGCCUCUUAGGGGAACUUGUGCACGUCGUCUUUACACCCUCGACAACUUUCGAGGAAUACGAAAUGUAUGCGGAUCGCGAAUAUCACGCAGCAGAACACAUAGGACAGACGGCGAAUGGAAUGUGUAAAUCAUUCUACCCCGAGUGCUCCUUCAGUCCUCUGGAUUAUUUCACGAAAAAGAUAAACUUCUCGAAUGGAAAUUGAAACCAGCUCAAGCUUCAACUCUUUUUACUCUUCUUCCAUCUCACUUUUGUCGAAAACUCCAAAUUUAAUUAAACAACGAUAAAAGAGCACUUUCUCCAUGCAAAUUGGUUAUUGACAAUCUGGAAAGGAAGUUUUAAUUGAAUUCCCUGCUUCGCUGAUUUCUUCAUUAUAUUAAGCACACAAUGAUUAUAUAUAUAUUUUUUAACCUCUCUUCACAUAAAUACAAAGAUUUUGUUUAAUAGA